AUGUACAGAGCCACGCCUCUACAGUUCCCGGCAAAUACUCAGUAUACCAACGGGAAUACUGCAACGGUAUCACUGAACGAGUCCUUCGGCGGGCUAGGGUCGGUUGGUGGCGUUGGAUCAAUCGGAGGCCUCGGAUCGAAUGGAGUUGAAUUUGAGGAAGGUGCGCCGCCGGAGUUUUCGUCGACGAUUUUGAGCGAUUCUAUGCGGCCUACACCGUUACGGCCGGGACCGCAGAUCCCGCUGCCCGUGUUCGACAUUGAGCCGAGUCAACGGAUCGGUCCGGGAGUGGGACUGGUUCCCCCGGAGGACGCAACAAUGAGAAUUACAUCUGAUGGCAGCAGUACUGUCUUCUUGAAUUCGCUGAUGCCGGCCAUCUUGCGGUCAGAGCAUCUCUCAGGGCAAGAGCAUUUCGCAGACCCCGAGCAUAUCGCAGACCCCCAGCAUGUAGAAGGCUCAGAAUACCGGUUAGAACAUACAGGUUCAGAACACCGUUCGGAACAGGCUCCGUUGGCCCGGAACUCGCUGGCACCGCCCCCUCUGGCCCCUGUGGAAGAAGUGUCGCCAGAGAUUGCGUCAAAUUUGGCGGACACCAAGAGCGUCAACGGGUCGUCUACGUCCUCAAUUAGUCCCGGACACACCAUGGCGAGCAUCGAAACCUCCAUGGGCUUUGAGCCCGCCGACUCCGCGGGCUCUCGACGUAGAGCUUUGCGACGGCUCCAGAAGCAAGCUUUUGCCUUACAGCGCCCACCGGGGUACUCCGCAGCUCAGCCAGGCGGCGGACCCAUCAACCUCGGACAGGCCACAGCCGUCAUUCCCGCUGCCCUGCUUCAAGAGCUACUUACGAAGGGGUACAUCCCUCCACACCUCCUCGCGGCCUAUGCUCCCAGUCUCGUUGGCGCUGCGCCCCAAUUCCGGAACGCUGACCCCUUCAACUCCGUCGAGAUGCACCACCCGUACAAUUCGAUUGAAUACAACGGCAACGCUGUCAUGGGCAGCGCUGUCAUGGGUAACUCUGUCACGGGCAACGGGAUGAUGGGCAACGGCAUGAUGGGCAAUGGCAUGAUGGGCAACGGCAUGAUGGGCAACGGCAUGAUGGGCAGCACAAUGAUGGGCAGCACCAUGAUGGGCAAUGGCAUGAUGGGACAUGCCAUGAUGCGCGGUCCCGUGAUGGGCAUGAUGGGCAACUCCGUCCUAGGCAGUGGCAGUCCCGCGUUCGUGAACACGCCCGGCCGGAACUUUGGACGGAACGGUGGUCUGGCAAAUACUGGACUUAUGUCCCCGGUGCUGACGCCGAACGGAGUAAUGAGUGUGCCCUCGAUGAGCGUGGCCUCCGGCAACCUUCUUGCCGGCGCUGGCUACCACGCGAACGGGUUUCCGGCCCCUGGUGCCGUCGUCAGCAACCAGCGUCCCGGCGGUCACCUGAUGAUGUCGCCCGGCAACUCUUUGCUGGGCCCGGGUGGUUUACACGGAACCGCUGUUCGAACCGCGGCGUUGGCACCUAGCAACCGAAUGCUGGCCGCGAAUCCUGGAGCGGUCACGCCCUACAUGACUCCUGGAUACUUUUCCGUACCCACUUCUAGUGGUCCCUACGCGGACCCGUAUAUGAGACCACAGUAUGCUAUAGCGGAAUACAACCGCUCGGCCGCCAACUGGAUGGCUGCUAAUGGAAUGCCCGCCAGCGGAAUGCCCGUCAACGGAAUGCCCGUCAACGGCAUUCCUCCCAAGGGGAUGAUCCCCAACGGGAUGUGCCCCAACGGUAUGGGCCCUAACGGGAUGCCCCCCAACGGAAUGGCAGCUUUGAAUCAAAGCACCGAAUGGUUAAUGAACUCGACGGAGGUCAGGAGGAAGUUUCCUCGACUAUGCGGGGCUAUUGCUCGGGGUGGAGUCAACCUUGUGGAACUACUUACCCAUGAGGUGGUGGUUCCGGUGGAAGAAAGCAUCAAUGUUGAUGUCAAGACUAUCAUGUCACGAAAGGCUGUCGGGCGCUUGCUAGGAGAUCGGCUCCGGAAAGCAUUCAAGAACAGACUACCCGACCCGGCCAUUGAGUCCCGGCUAGUUAACAAAAUAGCCGGUUAUAUAUGGGCAAAGAUUGAAAAGGUUGUCGCACAUGCUGAAGACGAACAAACUUUAUUAGCUUGGCUCUUUCGGCAAAGUCUAGAAACUCAUGCCGACCUGAGCCAUAGCUUUACUCUAGCCUCGCGCAAGAAGGGAGACAUCAUACUAGCCAAGAUCGAAGGAACAGCCACGAUAACAAGGAGUAGAAAGCUCAUGCAAGACGAGUUGACAUUGAGCACAAGCUUCAGCGUUAGGGUAAGGACUUGCUUGGGGAGGAGGGGGGCAGGGGGGGAGAUUGGGCAGGUUGCACACGUGUGUGCGCGGCCUAAAAAUUGA